CUACUGCGAGGAUCGCGAGCGAGAAAAGAACACGGGGUCGUCGCAAGAAUGUUGCGCGCGUGCUCACUCGGAAUCCGGAGGUUUUGCUCCAGCGUGACGCUGGAGCCUGUCGAGAGAAUCCGGAACAUCGGAAUUUCGGCUCACAUCGACUCCGGAAAGACAACACUCACCGAGAGACUUCUCUUCUAUACCGGCAGAAUCGACGAAAUGCAUGAGGUUCGAGGAAAGGACAAAGUGGGGGCUGUCAUGGAUUCUAUGGAGCUCGAGCGACAACGCGGAAUCACGAUCCAGAGUGCGGCAACUCAUUUAACGUGGAACAACCACACCGUGAACGUCAUCGAUACGCCGGGUCAUGUCGACUUCACCGUGGAGGUAGAACGCGCGCUGAGGGUCCUCGAUGGAGCCAUCUUGGUGCUGUGCGCGGUUGGGGGAGUUCAAUCCCAGACGCUAACCGUGACCCGACAAAUGAAACGCUACAAUGUGCCUUGUAUUACCUUCAUCAACAAACUGGAUCGUCAGGGCUCGAACCCCAAUCGGGUGUUGUCUCAAGUAAAGCAGAAACUGGGCUACAACGCAGCAUUCAUCCAACUCCCGAUCGGUCUUGAGAGCCAACAGAAAGGAGUUGUGGAUCUCAUCAGGGAGAGAGCGAUCUACUUCGAAGGGAGCAACGGCGACGAUGUUCGAUACGACGAGAUUCCUGCGGACCUCCGCGCCCAGAGCAAAGACAAGCGUCAGGAGAUGAUCGAGUGCCUCGCAAACGCCGAUGAGCAUUUGGGAAAUCUCUUCCUCGAAGAGAAAGUCCCCACAGUGGAUGAGAUCGACGCAGCCUGUCGCCGGGGCACGAUUUCCAGAAAGUUCUUCCCUGUGAUGAUGGGGACGGCUCUGAAAAACAAGGGAGUCCAGCCGCUCCUCGACGCCGUGAUCGAUUAUCUCCCCAACCCGAGUGAAGUUGAGAAUUUUGCCUUUGAAGGAGAAAACCGCAAGCGGAUGGAUCCCACGCGCGGCCCCGGAGCGGGACCAUUCGUCGGUCUGGCGUUCAAGCUCGAAGCAGGAAAAUUCGGUCAGCUCACAUAUAUUCGAGUGUACCAGGGUAGCUUCAAAAAGGGGGAUAGUUUGUACAAUUCUAGAACGGGUAAAAGAGUUCGAAUCCCAAGAAUCGUCCGGAUGCACUCGUCUGAGAUGCAGGAAAUCGAGGAAGCUCACGCAGGUGACAUCUGUGCGGUGUUCGGCGUGGAUUGUGCUUCAGGAGACACGUUCGUUGGUGACAAAGCCGCGAACGUCUCUAUGGAAUCAAUGUUCAUACCGGAGCCAGUCAUAUCGAUGUCCCUCAAGCCGCAAGAUAAGAAAGACGCGGACAAUUUCUCCAAAGCUUGCAACCGAUUCGUCAGAGAGGACCCGACAUUCAGGAUUACUUACGACGCGGAGAGCAGGGAAACAAUCGCGAGCGGUAUGGGCGAACUUCAUCUGGAGAUCUACGCGCAGCGAAUGGAGAGAGAAUACAACUGUCCAGUUGCCCUCGGAAAGCCCAAAGUCGCGUUCAGGGAGUCGCUUGUGGCACCGGUUGAGUUCGACUUCUUGCACAAGAAACAGAGCGGAGGAGCCGGUCAAUUCGGAAGAGUCAUCGGAGUUCUGGAACCUCUCCCACCAGCUAAGAACACUCAGCUCGAGUUCAUCGAUGCGACCGUCGGAACGAACAUUCCUAAAAACUACGUUCCGUCUAUCAAGAAAGGAUUUCUCUUGAUGUGCGAAAAAGGGUGUCUAAUAGGUCAGAAGAUCUCUGGCGUUACUUUCCGCUUGAUCGACGGUGAACAUCACAUCGUUGACUCGAGCGAUCUAGCGUUCUCAAUGGCAGCACAAGGAGCAAUCAAACAGUGCUACGAGCGUGGGUCAUGGCACAUCCUGGAACCGAUCAUGUCGAUAGAAGUGGCACUGCCCGAGGAAUACCAGGGAGGGGUCAUGGCGUCGAUCUCUCGGAAGGGUGGACUCAUCGUUUCUACUGAUUCGCUGGAAGGGUGGAGUACGAUCACCGCCGAAGUGUCUCUGAGCGAAAUGUUCGGAUAUUCGACGGAACUCCGCACGCUGACUCAGGGCAAGGGAGAAUUCACCAUGGAAUACUGCAGAUACUCGCCGGCGCCCGCCGACGUCCAAAGUGCGCUGCUCGAGGCCUACCAACAAGAAACGAACCCCCAGGCUGCACAACAAAAACGCAAAGGGCGUUCAUAGACCCCCUAUCCCGGAAUGAGCCCGGCAGGAGGUUUCGUGGGCAAAGCAGCGAGACGGUCACGGCUGAUUUCACCAAGAGCCACAUCAUAGUACACGAUGAUGAUUUCUGUACCAUACCUGGCGAGAGUGAUUGGCUUCGAAUCGCUGUGUAUGCUAGGAUCACUAUGAAACGUUGAUGUGCAAAGCAGUAAUGUAAAUACUUAGACGCGACUGUGCGGAAUUUUCGCACUGGUUCGUAUGUGGUAGAUAUUUAAUUUGUUAUUUAUUCAAAUAAUGAAUGAAUGUCGAAUUCUACUCUAAUCUA